UUCUUCUUGAGAUUAUGUGCUCACGAGGCCUGUCUGAGGUUACAUUUAGGGACGCAGCCAAGUAACUCACACCCCAAAAAGGAGCUGGAUGGCCCCAGAACUUGGCACAGCUCAAGCUCAUCCUUAAUGGGCCAAGAGAUACAAGUAAUUGAGAGCUUGGGGUUUAUGCCAUGAGAAUGUCAGAAAACCAGUUUUUAAUUGAUGGAAGUAGAGAUAGAAUCCACAAAUUAAGGGAGCAUUUCCAAACGGGAGCUGACUUAAGCAACCCAAAGAUGACACACUUUUCUUUCCAGGAGCUUCGAUCUUCGGCCAAAGAAAAUAAGAAGGUACUCAGAUCUCCAAGAUGACGCUCAGGAGGCGCUGGGCGUCCCUGUCUUGGAUGUGGUUACUCCUCACCGUGGGCCAGUCGCAAAGGGCGGACGAUGACAAGCCUAAUAUCGUCCUGAUAAUGGCAGACGACCUUGGGAUUGGAGACCUGGGCUGCUAUGGAAACGACACCAUCAGGACCCCCAACAUCGACAGCUUAGCCAGAGAAGGUGUCCAGCUGACCCAGAACAUCGCUGCCGCCUCCCUGUGCACCCCAAGCCGGUCCGCUUUCCUCACGGGAAGGUACCCGAUCCGAUCAGGAAUGGUUUCCGAUGGAAACGACCGUGUCAUCCUCUCCCUCGGGGCCCCUGUUGGACUCCCGCGUAACGAAACCACAUUUGCACACCUGGUCAAGGAGCAAGGAUACAGCACGGCAAUCAUCGGGAAAUGGCAUCAGGGCUUAAACUGCAAUUUCCGAAAUGACUACUGCCGCCACCCGUCUCACUAUGGGUUUGAUUACUUCUACGGCAUGCCAUACAGUCUGUAUGACACGUGCUGGCCCGACCCUUCCCGGGACGCGGAAUUAGCCAUCAGCGGCCGACUCUGGAUCUGUGUGCAGCUGGUCGCCAUGGCUGCGCUCACUCUCGCUCUCGGGAAACUCAGGCGCGUGCUCUGCGUUCCCUGGGCCCUCAUCCUCUCCCUGGUCCUAUUCAUCCUUCUCCUGGGCCACUUCUGGUUAGACAGUUACCAGUCGACCCUGUACUGGAAUUGCCUCCUCAUGAGGGAGCAAGAAAUUACCGAGCAGCCCAUGAAGGCGGAAAGAGCUGGGUCCAUCAUGGUGAAGGAGGCGAUUUCGUUUUUAGAAAGGUCCUUUUUUAUUGUUUCAGGCAAACUCCUUGCUGCCAUUGAUGAUUUGGGGCUGAGGAAUCACACGCUUGUCUACUUCACGUCAGACCACGGGGGACAUUUGGAGGCCAGGCUGGGCCACGCCCAACUGGGUGGAUAUAAUGGGAUAUUCAAAGGAGGCAAAGGCACGGCCGGUUGGGAAGGCGGGAUCCGGGUGCCCGGACUUUUCCGAUGGCCCGGAAAAUUGCCCGCCGGAAACGUCAUUGAUGAACCUACCAGCUUGAUGGAUAUCUUGCCAACGGUAGCGGCGUUGACCGGAGGCAUCGUCCCUCAGGACAGGGUGAUUGACGGCCGAAACCUCAUGCCAUUGCUUCAGGGCCAGGUCCAGCGUUCAGAGCACGAGUUCCUGUUUCAUUACUGCAGUAGGUUCCUCCACGCCGCCCGUUGGCGCCCGAAGGACAGCGAUGCCAUGUGGAAGGUUCACUACGUCACCCCCAUCUUCCAGCCGCCGGGAGCUCAGGCCUGCUACGAGACCACCUACUGCCAAUGUAUCGGGGACAACGUCACCUACCAUGACCCUCCCCUGCUGUUCGACCUCUCCCAGGACCCCUCGGAGUCCACCCCGCUGACCAAGGACACGGAGCCGCUCUAUGACCUGGUCAUCCACACGGUGGCCGACGCCGUCAAGGAACACAGGAAGACCAUCACCCAGGUCCAGCCGCAGCUUGGGCCGGACCGGAACCGGCAAUUCGUGUGGUUGAUGAGCUGCUGUGGGGUGUUUCCGUUCUGCUUUUGUGACAAAGAGGGUGAGGGAUCAACCAGGCAAGCGGCCAUUUGAUUGACAGCAGGCCGCCAAAGGC